AUGCCGUCACCCCCCACCUGCCAGUACGGAUCGUACCACCAGUGCGAGUGCUACGGCCACGAUACGGAGCUGCCCAACUACCGCCGUGACAUCAGCAACCCGCGCACACUGCAGGGGUAUUACGCCCCAAAUGGUGGGUGCCCUUGCCCUGCCAAGUUCGGCGCGGAAAAAAAUGGACUAUACUGCUCAGCCCGCGGCGCAGACCCGUCCGCGAUGCCUAAAGUGACCUUUCGUGCCGCAGACGGCCCCCACACGGUUCACACGUCCGCUAACGUUGACGGACACGGCCGCGACACGGCAACAAACACCCGCACCGCCUUUCCCAACUCGCGCAACUACGGCGGCACGGUGGCCCAACGUGGCCCCACCACUCUGAACACGAGGCCGCAACUCGAGGCAUCUCGCAAGGCGCGUGCUGAGGCCAAACGCGAGGAACGUGCACAGGAGCGCAAAAACUUCUUGCGUAGUGUCCUGCGAGAUGAGAUGCUGGCCCGCAUGGAUGCAGAAGGGAAGCGGGCGGCAUUAGAGGCGGAGACAGGCCUCAUGGCCACCCAUCACGCCGAUGAGUACGAAGCGAGUCAGCGGGUGGCAGGUAAUAUCCGUGGCGGGCUCGGCUCCACAUCACAUGACCGGGACACCGCCCUCACUCUCGGAGAGCAGUACGGCGAGAUUAUGGACGAACUGGAGUACGUGGCAGACCAGCCUGUCGGCUCCAAGUACAACAUCAUCCGUCUACACUACCUCGUGGAGGAAGAAAACCGGCUGAACCGGCUCCGCUGGCAGGAGCGGAUGCGGAAGGCGGCGGAGGCAAUGCAGAGCAUAAAGUGA